ACGACGCGGUGGGGACGGGGGUUUCUUGUGACCAGCAUGGGGGGAAUCUAUACGGUGGCCAGAGGCGAGGUGGUCAAUCUGCAGAACAGCCUCCGGUGCGCCCCUUAAAGUCCACAGUCCCCCUGCUAGAUCUGCAAAGAGUAGCAAAAGUGUUCUAGUAGUUGCAAAGAUUGGAAUUCCUCUCAUGGCUGUGAUUCAUGACGGAACCUUGUGAGCUGUCUGAAGGCAGAGAUUAUUGAAGGGCUAUUGCUGUUUCUGCAUUUUCAGAGUUUUACAGAGCAUAAUUAACUUUUGUAUUUUUCUUGCUGUUCCUACUCCUGUUCCUACACAAACUGGGUUUAUACUGCAUCACUCAUUGCAAGCAAAUAGAGCAUGGCUAGGAGAGACAAUCUGUUCAUUCACAGUCUUUGUGUAAUAUGUUUUGACAAAUUUUAACAGGCCAUAAACCAAGAGACGCCUUGUUUUAAUUCCUCUAGCUGCACGUUCUUUUCAAAGUCAUAACUGUUAAAAUGGACAUUCCUUCAAAGAAAGGGACCACUUUCCACUCCGUGUCUUUAAGAUAGAUAAGCCUGCUUUUCUUUUUGCUAGUUUUCUGUUUAGUUGCAACUAUGGCAGCUGCUACAAUAGUUCAUGACACUUCAGAAGCAGUGGAGCUCUGUGCUCUUUAUGGACUUUAUCUCAAGCCCAUUACAAAAAUGAGCAUCAGUGUGGCACUUCCUCAAUUAAAGCAGCCAGGAAAGUCUAUUUCUAACUGGGAGGUGAUGGAACGGCUGAAAGGAAUGGUGCAAACUCACCAGUUCUCAACUUUACGGAUUUCCAAAAGCACCAUGGAUUUCAUCCGCUUUGAAGGAGAAGUAGAAAAUAAGAGUUUGGUUAAAUCCUUCUUGGCUUGCCUGGAUGGGAAGACUAUCAAACUCAGUGGCUUCUCAGACAUUUUGAAAGUUCGUGCUGCAGAGUACAAAAUUGAUUUCCCUACUCGACAUGACUGGGACUCCUUUUUUCGUGAUGCAAAAGAUAUGAAUGAGACUCUGCCAGGAGAAAGGCCUGACACUAUACAUUUGGAAGGCUUACCUUGUAAAUGGUUUGCACAGAAAGAUUCUGGCUCAGAGAAACCAAGUGAAGAAGUGCUUAUCAAGGUAUUCAGUAAGUUUGGGGAAAUACGUAAUGUGGACAUACCCAUGUUGGACCCUUAUAGGGAAGAAAUGACUGGCAGAAACUUUCAUACUUUCAGCUUUGGAGGCCAUUUGAAUUUUGAGGCUUAUGUUCAGUACCAAGAGUACGCAGGUUUCAUCAAGGCUAUGAACGCUUUGCGUGGAAUGAAACUGAUGUACAAAGGGGAGGAUGGCAAAGCAGUGGCUUGUAACAUAAAGGUUUCAUUUGAUUCAACAAAACACCUGAGUGAUGCUUCAAUUAAGAAACGUCAGCUUGAAAGGCAGAAGCUUCAAGAGCUGGAAAAACAGAGAGAAGAACAAAAGCGUAAAGAAAAAGAAGCGGAAGAAAGACAAAAAGAGGAGGAAAGGAAACAGAGGGAACUUGAGGAACUGGAAAGAGAAAGAAAAAGAGAGGAGAAGGUGCGCAAGAGAGAACAGAAACAGAAGGAUCGUGAAAUUCGUCGAAAUAAAAAAAAGCUUGAAAAAAUUCAAGCUGAAGAGCAGAAAAAGCUGCAAGAAAAAAUAAAACUAGAAGAGAGGAAGCUUCUUUUAGCUCAAAGAAAUCUUCAUUCCAUUCGACUAAUUGCUGAACUGCUGAAUAGAGCCAAGGCACUAAAGCUUCUGGAGCAAGAACACAAUGAGGAAAAAGUCCGGCUUGAGCAGUUGGAAGAGAAGAGGAAGCUGCAGGAAGCUGAACUCCGUCGCGUAGAGGAGGAAAAGGAAAGAGCUCUUGGACUGCAGAGGAAAGAGCGGGAAUUGAGAGAGAAACUAUUAAGUAACCUCAUGAGUAAGAAAAUAGAAGCAACCCAUUUGAAAAGGAUUGAACAUAAUUCUCCUCCUCUGAAAGUGAUUGGAGGUGUUUUUCACUAUGUCACAUCUACCUCAGCCCAAUCCACCUUGGCCAGACCCAUCCAGUGCUAUCAAAGCAGCAUAUCAUCUAAUGAAAGCAUCUGUCCUCAGCUGAAAUGCCUAAAUGGAAGCUUUCAUGAGGCGGUUCACAUCAAUGAACCAAAGACUAAUACCAAUAACAGGGAGACUUUUUCUGAAGGAAGUAGCUCAGGUGUUCUUUCUUGCAUCCCUGUAAAUCAGCAAUAUAAGAGCACAUCAGAACAUGAACAGAACGCAUAUAAAAAGGACUUGUUGACUGAGCAAGGCAAGUGUAAUAGAGAACCGAGCAAGGGGAAGAGUCAUUCAUACAGAGAUGUACAUAAUCAUCACAGCAAAGAAAAAACUGAAAAGAACAGACACAGGAGAGACUUAAGCAGCGAGGAUGAAAAAUACAGAAAAGAUGGACACCACCAUAAAAAAUAUGCUGCAAAAAGCUACAGUCCUUGCCAGAGAAGCUUAAGUCGAGGACACACACGAGAGAGGCGAUCAUUUAGUAGUGACAGGGAGCAGGAUGAAAGAGGAUGCAGUCAGGAUCACAAGAGUGCAACCAAGAAACAAAAACACCGAAAGAGAUCUUUGAGCAAUCAAAGAAACUCUUGGAGUAGGUAAUUAAAAUGACUUGGCCUUUUUGUAAGGGCUAUCUCAGGCAGGACUGGAAUGGAUCUCUGUGUGCGUGUGUGUGUGGUGGGGAGGGGGGGAACCUGGUCAGCUGUUUUACUUGAAUCUAGUUUUAUGGAGCCAAGAUACAUAUAACCACGCAUUAUGAAUUUUGUCUGUGUGUGACUUCUCAUCUGCCAACUCUGCUGGCUUACUACAAUACCAUACAUUCUGAACAUUCUUGCUCACACUUUCACAGACUUUCAUGGUCUUCACUACAGCUGUCCACUGGGUCCUUUUUAAAGACACAAUGACAGCAGUCUCUUCUUUAGAAACUGACAUGUGUGUGGGCCAAGAAAGAAACAUGAACUUGCCAACUACAUGCUUGACUCAAGACUUCAGCAGUUCAGUGCAGGAUGUUUGGUUCCUGAGUUGGUGCUUAAUGCAACCAUAAAGGCAAACUUAUUUUCAUUAAGGGCUGUGAUUCCUUCAUGGCUCUGGAGGAAUGCAUAUUGAGUAGUGUGAUCUAGGGCCCAGAUGGUCAUGGUGUUUGAUGCUAAUAAACAAUGUUUCAGAGUUCUGGUCCAUUGGAAAAAAAACACACUAGGAUUUCGGAGCCUCAGUGAAAGUCCACCUGGGGCUGCUGUAGUAUUUAAUGUUUGACUAUUUUGUUCAUGCUGUUGGUUGAAGUACCUCUCUUCAUACAACUGCACAGACUUCUAUCUUUUGAAAGAGGGGCCUUCCUGCUAAAUUAUUUUUACUUAUAAUGUUCAGAUUUCAAAGUUGCUAUUUCUCUUAAGUAUGUUUAUAAUGUCUUUGCUUCUGGAAAUGAAGUUCAGGAAUUUCCAAAAAAUCUAAAGUUAACAUUGCUGUGCAAAACCCAGCUUUUUUACCAUCUUAUGGUAAAAACACAAAAAGCCAUCACCAAGUGAACCCAAACUGCUGUUUCAUAUUUCAGUACAUUAAAUAUUGUACAUUUACUGCAUUAAAUCAGAUUUCAUUUGCA